CGCAACUCCACUCCAGCUUUUGGUGAUUUAUAUUAAUAACCCAAAGUCUCUUCUGGGUAAGGAUGGAUCUAAAAAUGGCUUCAUCAAUUGUCACUCUUCUUAUCUCAUUAAUCUUUGCUGAUGCAAGGCAUUAUAGCGCAGAGUCUAUGCUGCUCAUGCCUGAAGGAGAUGCGAAAUGCAAUUCAUGUUUGGAGGCUUCAAGGAAAGCUGAAAGAGCAUUAAAAGACAUGAAACUGUUUAAGGAAUUUGAUGUGCUUUCAAGUGAAGUGUGUCAUGUUCUGCCUGAGAAGCUUGAAACACAGUGUUUGGAGCAAUCGAAGAUUCAGAUUCGUCAUACCGAACAAUCAUUGCUAGGAUUCUUACAUGAAAAAAGCCUUUGUAACAUCACAGGUUUAUGUGUUGAGCAGCAGAGGUUGCAGGAUGAAAUCGAAAUUAUUGUGGAGAAUAAUGCAUCUAUGGAGCUGAAAGAUGAAACAGACUGUAUAGCAUGCCGAAGAGCUGUGAAAGAUCUACUCAUGAAGAUGAAACAGCCCAAGAUGAAGACAAAGAUAAUUGAGGCCCUCAUAGACUACUGUGAAGAAGCAGAGGAUAAUGAGCAGCAAUGCAAGCAAACAGUCUACAAGUAUGCUUCUACAGUGUUGAAUAAACUGGAAAGGUUGAAAUCCAAUGACCUGUGCGUUAUGAUGGGAAUGUGUGAUGAAGCUUUUGCGUUGGUGGAUAUAAUGGACUGAAACUGCUCUUUGGAUUUCUUCUUUUCAAUAAGCGGAUAGAAAGCCAGAGAGGCUUAUGAAUCAUAGAAGUUUUGAAUAAAGAGUAAGUAAAAAUGAGCCUCAUAAAUCAAGUAUUGCCAAAAAUACCUUUGUUGAUUAUAUUCUUAUCCAGUGAUCAGCUCCUGUAAAAAUAGAUGUUUGGGCUGAUCUCUCAGCUGUGUGUUCAUGUGGAGUGUCUGAGAAGAAAUGAUGUGUGAUUUUGCA